AUGACAGAAUGUGUAGAAAUGCGUGCAGUUCGUUCUCUUAAUCGGCUAAACAGUUGAAGCCCCUGCGAGUCCUUGUGGGUGCCGAUAACCGGCUGCUGUGUGCCUCUCGUUCCCACUGGGCAUCAUUACAUAAAUGGUAUCUUUGCAUUAGCAAAACAAAUCCUGCCAUGCCGGGACUCUGUGGCAAGGGGAAAUUUGCCUUUAUUUCCUUGUGGUUUAUUAUCUGCGUUUUCGUGUUUUGUGAAUUUUUAAUAUACUACACUGUGAUGUUUUCUUGUGUUUGGCCCGACAAUGAAGCCACCCUUAGCAGUCAAAGGGGAGAAGGGUCGACACCCGUCCUGAAGACCCUCGUUUUAUCGGACACGCAUCUGCUGGGCGCCAUCAAUGGACACUGGUUUGACAAAGUGCGAAGGGAAUGGCAGAUGGAAAGAGCAUUCCAAACAGCUUUGUGGCUCCUACAACCUGAGAUCGUGUUUAUUCUUGGAGACAUCUUUGAUGAAGGGAAAUGGAGUUCAUCAGAGGACUGGGAAGAUGAUGUGAGACGCUUCCGCCAGAUGUUUCGACAUCCAACUAAUACGGAGCUGCUUGUCGUGGUUGGCAACCAUGACAUUGGCUUUCAUUACGAAAUGAGCUGGUUCAAGCUGCAGAGGUUUGAAAAAGUCUUCAAUAUCACAUCUGCAAGAAUUGUGACCAAGAAAGGUGUGAACUUUCUUUUGGUGAACAGCGUUGCACUUCACGGGGACGGCUGCUCCAUCUGCCAGGACGUUGAAGAUGAGCUCAUUAAGAUUUCCCGAGCGCUGAAUUGCUCAAUCCAGAAAAAUGUAAUGAAAGAACAGUGCCGUGAUAUUGAACAUCUCCCAGCAUCACGCCCCAUCCUCCUUCAGCAUUACCCGCUUUACAGAAUUAGUGAUGUUGAAUGUACUGGGGAAGAUGCAGCUACCCUUGAAGAAAGGAACCUAGUUUUCAAACAGCAGUACGAUUCUCUUUCCUUGGUAGCAUCUCACAAGCUGCUCUGGUGGUUUCAGCCCCGGCUGAUCUUGAGCGGUCAUACACACAGUGCUUGUGAGAAGCUCCACAGUGGGAAGUUUCUUGAGAUCAGUGUCCCAUCAUUCAGCUGGAGGAACCGCAACAAUCCCAGCUUCAUUUUGGGCAGCAUAUCCUCAUACAAUUUUACUCUCUCCAAGUGUUUUCUGCCCCGUGAGAGCACCGUUAUAUCCAUUUACUGCAGUGCUGGUGCUCUGUUGAUCAUCAUAAUAUUAACAUAUUGUCAACUACUGAAAAAGAAUCUUCACUAUGCACAGUGUCUGGUUAGCAAGCAUAAAAUCCUGUGACUCUUUUUCCAAUCACACAUUUCAAUGAUUUGCCGAAACAGAUUAAUCUUGUGAC